UAGGAGGUGUAGAAUCGAGACGUUCUUCAUUACCAGCACAUUGGUCGCUUCAGACAAAAGAGGACGGAACAGCCAAUUAUUAUAUCAAUACAUUGACGGGCGAGAUGCGAUCCUCGAUGCCAAUGGAUGAUGCCACUUCUUUUUAUGACGCUGAGUCAGACGAGGAUUCAAUUACUUCGACUAUUGAUAGCUCGGUAUUGGAACCAACUUAUUCAGAGGAGGGGAAUGCAAAGGAUUACCAUUAUUUAAUAUGUCAACCGUAGAUACUGCAUGGCAUGCGGAUUCACAGGAGUCAAAAUUACAACCAUCGAAUCGAACUGGCGAUAUAACAUGGAACCAAGUCUCGAUGGGAGUCACACUCUCUAUCAACAAUCUGAUCAGCGCAGUUAAAUCCGAUCAAAGGGACAGCUACAAACCCUUGUGUGCGAAAAUCGUUCAGUCCGUACGAUCCAUGUUAGUUGCUUCAGAUACCAUCAGUAAGGAUUCGCUACAUAUCAAAACCAGCGGUACAUUGCGUUGUCAUCAUCGCGCCAUGAUGGCAUCGCUAUCCAAAAUUAUCCUAUCUUCUCAACUGUGUGCAGAUAAUACAACAGACGAUGUGAGUAAAUUACUCUCGGAUUUACAUGAACUUUUGCUAGCCAUUCGUAAUUUUAUCAGCACCUGUGAAAAUAUACCGAUUCAAGUUCAUCCCGUCGAUCCCGUCCUUCUUACACCAGAAACAGGCGCCUCUAUUCAUCGAAGACAGAGUUUGGAUGGUGGCAUUCGAGCAAAAUAUCAGCUACAAUCUGACUUGAUUGAGAAUUUAGAGGCAUAUGGAUCUAGUAUGCAAGAGCAAAUGGAGGCAUUUAGGAUGAAUUUAUCAAGACAUAGUGAUUCUCGAUGUUCUUUAGCCGUUUUGCUAUUCACACAAUAUCGAAAUUUUGGUAAUCAAAACGGACAAUUUCUUUCGAUUCUAGAAGACAUUGAUUUCGAAGGCAUCCAAUCCCCCGCAUUAACCGUUGCCAAACAACGUCUAUACGAUGGACUAGGACUGUUAUUUUGCAAGAUGCAAAUGAUGACGGAUGAAUCUGUUGCUAUGGAUACCGUGACCGAGGAUAUGCAAAGUGCAGCAAAGGACAUUAUGGAAGCCAUUGGCUCCAUCUGUAAAAUCAUGUCAAGUUUGGUUGCGGCUAAAACUAAACAGUCUCUCAAGAGCAGCAGCAACAGCAGCAUCAUGAAAAAUCAUGGUAAGGAAUCUACCCAGAUCAGUUCUUUUUCAGAUUUCUUGCAAAAAUCUGCAACACCUGAUCUUUCUUAUAAAAGGUCCCAAUCACUUUCUGUUGAAUCAUUAAAUAUGACUCCAAUCAACACCCAUAAACAAAACCGCUCUUCCGCUCCUGUCACUCAAAAUCAACCCGCUGUAUUAUCGGAAGAAGGAAAGUCACCCAGCACGGCAAAAUUAAAACAAUUCUUUGGGGAUGACCCCCUUUCGACUGAAGGAAGGGUGACCAAGGAUGAAGAAACAGUAGAGGAAGGAGGCGUCCCUCGAAAAGAGCCACAGAAACAGCAGGAAGGGGGACCGCAACAACAACAGCAGCAAGGGGAGGAGGAGAGUUAUCUUCAAUACGACUAUAGUCCAAAUGAAAUUGUAUUUACUUUGGAUGGCAGUGUGAAAGGAGGUACUUUACCUGCACUGGUAGAGCGCAUGACGUUGCAUGACUAUUUGGAUAUGAACUUUAACAAUACAUUUCUGUUAACGUAUCGUUCAUUUUGUACGUCCAUGGAACUAUUGGAACUAUUGGAAGCACGCUAUAAUAUCAAACCCCCUCACGGUCUUUCCUCACAGCAAUUGGAAAUCUGGACUACUAAAAAGCAGAAGCUCAUUCGCUUACGUGUAUUUAAUGUACUCAAGAUUUGGCUGGAACAAUAUUACUAUGAAGAAGAUUCCGUCAUUCUCGAUCGUCUCUUGUUUUUCACAAAUACAAGCAUCAAGGACACCUUGAGCUUCUCUGCGUAUCAAUUAGAACGUCUAAUUCAAAAACGAAAAGAAGCCUGCAAGGAUCUUAAAAAGCUCAUCAUCACACAGCAAGUCGAGACACCUGAUCCCAUCUUACCCCGCAACUUGAAAAAAUUUCGCCUAUUGGAUAUCGAUUAUAUUGAAAUGGCUCGUCAAUUAACCAUGAUGGAUUUCAAAAUGUACAGUGCUAUUAAACCCGUCGAAUGUCUUAAUAAAGCAUGGUCUCGUGACUCGAACACAGCUGCCAAUAUUCAAGCAUCCAUUGAUUAUUGUAACCAAGUAACCACCUGGGUUUCCGAUGAGAUCUUAACGCCAUCCGAAGUCAAGAAACGUAGCACAUUGAUUAAAUACUGGGUGAAUGUAGCCGAACGAUGUCGAUUACUCAACAAUUUCAAUACGUGUAUGGCUAUUUUAUCCGCCUUUGAUAAUAGUGCGGUGGGUCGAUUAAAAAGAACCUGGGAAAUGGUGGGUGCACGCACCAACCAUCUUGUUUCUCAAAUCCGUAAAUUAAUGGGCGCCAAUCGAAAUUUCAAUCAAUACCGUGUCCUCAUUCACUCGGUGAAUCCUCCCUGUAUCCCCUUUUUAGGUAUCUAUCUGCAAGAUCUUACUUUUAUCGAGGAUGGUAAUCCAAAUUUCCUGAAAACAUCCAAGGAUUUAAUCAAUUUCGCAAAGAGAGCAAAGACCGCUGAAGUCAUUCGAGAAAUGCAACAGUAUCAAACCAUGGGUUAUCAGUUCAGGAUAGUCGAAGAAAUUCAAACUUUUAUUAUGGCGAACUUGCACAGUUCCCGUGAUGAAGAUCAAUUGUACAGAGAGAGUCUCAAACUCGAACCCAAGGAAAGAGAUGAUGAAAAGAUAACGCGACUCUUGCAGGAAUCAGGUUUCUUGUAAACUUGUCCUUUAUAAUACCCCCCUUUCACACUUUACGUAAC